AUGCAGGCGAGCAUUUACAUACUGAUUUCCACAUUAGUAGCAGCCAACGCAAAGAUAUUAAGAAACAAUGCACUCAUGACCAAAAUGGUCUCCAACUUUCAUAAAGACAUCGACACAUCCGCCACCUAUCAAGAUAAAUCCGAGCCCGUGUUGCAAAGAAUGCAAAACUUGCUUUGCCACAAUUUUCGAACCAUACCUUGCGAGAUGAUAACUCGAGAUGAAACACUACGGAAAUUGAUAGAAAAGUCAAUACAACAAAUUAACUACAAAAAGCUUCGAAUGGACAAGACAACCCAAUCACCGAGAUACUUAACUCUCUUCCCAAUGAGCAGCGGCGAUAUUCACGAACAAAAACCUAAAAAACAAAAACACAAGCAUAGGAAUAAAGAACGCCACGUGUUAAACAGAAAGAAGCUGCGUAAAUUUUACCCACACAAAGUGAAAUACAAAGACAAGAAUGUCAACUUCCACGAGUCUGAAGAAAAACUUUCUAUGUCAGUAGAACAUAUACCGGAUGUCGCCCAGGCGAGGAAACGCGUCACUUACAAAAUGGAACAGGAUGAACCCUUUUGGAGAAUAGAUUACAUGAAACACGAGGAACCUAGCGCUCAUAUGUUUGGAUACAUGGACCGACUUAAGGAUAAGAUCAUUAAGUCCAGCCAAACUGUCAUCGUCGAUGACCAAGAAAAAAGAGACGUUUUGCACCCAGAUGUGUAUAUUCAAAAGAACAAAUUCCUUCGAAAGAAUAUUAAUUUAAAUGACGAAGACAUUGAAUAA